GCGUGUCUAUAUGCUUGCGUGAGUUUGUAUCCUAUAACAGUAUUCCGUAAUUGUUAAAGUUCUACCUUUACGUAUCUCACGUAAUAAAAUUAUAGUAGUAGUUCCAUAAAGUAACCGCUUAAAAAUAAUUUGAAAAACAUCAAGAUUUUAAAGCUGUAAUCUUCGGCAAAAUCUAAUUUAUCUUCUAAUUUGUUUUCAUCACAUUCAUCAAACGCAAAAUUAAUAAUAACAACAAUGUACGUAACAAGUUCAGAUAAUGACGAAGAGAAUAUAACUAAAAAAAUUGACGGAACGGAGUACGCAAUACAUAUAAAUAUGAUGAUUCAUCAAUGAACGGAAAACCAGUCAAAAUAGUGACUGGUCAAAGAAUUAAAACUCAAUCAAGUUCGGACACAAUGCUGUCAUAAAAGAAAACUAUAAAGUAUCGGUCGCUUUAGAAAAACAUGCUUGUCCCAUUCUAUACCUGAUUGAACAAUAACCCUAAGGAACGUCUCGACUUGAAAGAUAUUUUGUAACAAUUAAGAACCUUGAAGGUAAAGCGAAAAUGCUUCAUUUUAUGACAGUUCCUUAGGAUUAUUGCCGUCCCAUUAAUUAUAUUUGCGCAGCUUAUAGCUGUCUUGACCGAGGGAUGGAAUCUGAUUUAUAAGAUAUUUAGACAACUUAUUAAUUAGACAGUCCCCGAACGUAACAAAUAAUAAUAAUAAUAUUUAUUCGUAAUUAGUUGCAAAGAAUAUUCUUUUGUAUAUGUUACAUAUUGAAAGAGUACUCCAGAAGACGGAGUUGAAAAAUGAUAAUACUAAAUAAAAAAAUAAUAUAAAUAAAUGAAAAAAGAAAAUAAUAAGAUGGAAUAUACGAUCGGCGAUUAAUGAUUACGGAUCGCGUUGCAAGCUGAUACUGAAAUUGUCGAAUAUUUAGAGCGGUAGAAUUAUUUUAAAUAAUUUCGUAAAAUUACAUUUUCAAAUUUAUCUUCUUUACGUUUAAGGAAAUACAAACCUCUUGCCAUGGCGGUAAUUUCGUCGUCGAAGGAUCAAAUACCUGAGAGGGUAAAAUUAACUGUAAAUCUUUUGAGAACAAGUUUAUUAUAUUUAAUUUUACUGUUAAUCCUCAGCCCUCGAUCCUAAACUUUCAAAAGACCCAAACAGGCCUGUAAAUAUGAGUUUUCUUUUAUUCUAGUUAUAUUUUUCACCUGUACAUAACGGGAGAUCUGCUCAUAGUAAAUAGUACUGAACAAAUUUAAUAAAUUUUCCUAAUCUGUGUUUUAAAAUGUAGAUAGAGCUCGGUCUGCUUAAAGUGUCUAAUAAUAAACGGUAAGGUACCGAGGGGAGCGAAUUGACCUGAAAGCAGAGGAGUACAAAUAUUACAAUUGUGACUUAGCAAGGGAUAAUUACCCCCGAAUUUUAAUUUUUCUACAAAUAUUCUCCUAGCCAACCGAUUGGUCGACCAAUCAGGAAACAGAAUACCGGUAUUCCCUUGGUGUAUAAAUUCGCGCCUUGAUUUUCCAGUUCAUUUGAAGUUUCUCAGGUGUAGUGAAGACUUAGCAUCUAUCUCAGAGUCAAGAAAAAUUUGAAACGAUAAUUUUGCCAAUAGUGACGCAAGAACAUAGCAAGAAGAAAACGAUACAGUGACAGUUAUCAUAUUAAAGGAAAAUAAAAACACAUGUGUACGAAGAGACGAACGUCAGUGCUGUGAUAUUGAUAAGCAAAUUGUAAUGAGUGUAAUGGAAUCAACAAAAUCUAUGGUCACAAACCAGUGACCAAAAUCUUCAACAAGCAUCAACAAAAGAUUCAACAUUAACGGGAGAAAACACGAUCAUGACAUCAACGGAAGAUUUAAGUUCGUUGAAAUAUGUUUUCGUAGAAAGUAUCAUCAAAUACGUCUUAUAUCUUUUGUACUUCUAUUUAUUUAACGCAAUUUCUUUGAGGUUUCUUGAUUCCAAGGAACACAUAAAGGCAAAACAUGACAAACCAUACAACGAAGAUCAUGACGAAGAUCAUGACGAAGAUCAUGACGAAGAUCAUGAUGAAGAUCAUGAUGAAGAUCAUGAUGAAGAUCAUGACGAAGAUCAUGAUGAAGAUCAUGACGAAGGUCAUGACGAAGGUCAUGACGAAGGUCAUGACGAAGAUCAUGACGAAGAUCAUGACGAAGAUCAUGACGAAGAUCACGACGAAGAUCACGACGAAGAUCACGACAAAGAUCACGACAAAGAUCACGACAAAGAUCACGACAAAGAUCAUGACAAAGAGCAUGACAAAGAUCACGAUGAAGAUCACGAUGAAAAUCGUGACGAAGAUCGCGACGAAGAUCAUGACGAAGAUCACGAGGACAGACGGAAUAAAAUAAAUCAGAAAUGCAGAAGACGAAACAACUAUUCGAACGGCAGACGGUUGAGAAAACCUCAAAAUGCCAAGGAAGCUUCUGAUUCUUCCGGAAAUCAAUCGAGCGACGGUAGUAAUGUGACGGCAAAAAAUAUGCCAUUGGACAUUGACAGCUGUAUAUUGUACGCUGUUUUGAAAAUGCCUAUGGAUAUAUCAACUGGGGAACAUAGUUUUAACAAAAAGCAGUUCCUGAUAAAUAUAUCUCAAGAUAACGAACCGCUUGCAAAUGAGCGAAGUAAUGUUCAAAAUAAAUUUCCGAAAUCGCAUAUUCCAAAACAACGCAGCAAUUUCUCCGGGAAUAAAGGAAUUGCAGGAAUCUAUAGUAAAAAAUUCACUUCUUCCGAUAACAUGCAUUCGUCAUUUUCGUUUCCUAGAUCUUCCGCAUCCUACAAAUACAGAAAAUCUAAACGAACUGAUUUCUUUUAUAAUGGAGAAAACAGAAAAUUUUCUAAUAAUUCCCUAAUUAAACCUGGGUUAAAAAAGAACGAAAUAGAACAAAAGAAGGAACUAUCCAUCAAAUUUGCUCCUACUAAUGAAAAGAAAAAGCUUACAUUUGAUAAAAAGAAAGAAGAAAAGCACACGGAACAGAGAAACAUAAAGAAAACACAAGAAAAACACAGUUUCCGACGACAUGGUCCGACUAAAUAUAAAUCGUAUUAUUCAAGAGUACCCUUGGGAAAUAAAGAAUCAAAACAAAAUAAUCUGAAGUAUGAAGAAAAGGGUACGCAAACAGAUAACGUCUUUCCGACGCAUAACGAUGUUAAAAUGGUUUCAGUCGGAACGAUGUGGCCUGAACAACAAUUUUACGAAUCUCAGGAUAGAGAUAUGAACCAGGAAUUGGCAGCAAACAAUGAAUAUGUAGCAAACGAUGAAAUAAUGGACGAGAAAAUUUUGGCACUCGCACAACAACUAAUGUCGUCGUACGUUAUAUCGCCUACAUCGGAAGAUCUUACUUUUGAUGAACGCAUAUUUGAACUCCCUAAUAUCAAUACCGCAGCGGAGCUAAGUUCCAAAAAAUUAUCCAACAGCAUAAAUACCUUCAAAACACCCACUCAUGCUUCUCCUCCUGGUUUUUCUAAUGUACCACAAUAUUCACCGUUAACGCUUGAUAUUCCUAAUCCUGAACAUUUAAUGAGGCCUCAACAAAUGUCUAUGACUCGAGUUCUCAUACCAACUAGUGUCGGUUGUACAGCCAGUACAGCCCCGACCUAUAGGACGUCUUGUGAUUAUCCCGAAUUUGUGGAACUACCUACUUACAGAAAUUUAUAAAACAUCUUGUAUUAAAUAUAAUUGUAGAAUAAUUAUAAUAUUCUAAAUAAUUGCCAUCUGUGAUACUCUUGUCACAAGAAAAUUUGUAUGUUUAUAUGAAAAUUAUACAAUAAAUGAAAAUUUAUUAUGAAAA